AUGAGAUCAAUCAAACGCAUUUUUUCAAACGCAUCAACUUCCCCAUCAGAACCCACAAAAACAUCAUCUCCAAGACAUGCUAGAUUCUUUCGUUCGAAUUCGGGUCCCAUAAUAAUAGACUCGACUCAGGAUAAGAAAUCAACAAAAAGCGCCGGCGCAUUACAUUUGGAUACAAGUGUUCAACAACAAUUUCGUUAUCAUUCAGCGGCGAAUUCGCCGAUAAGUUAUAAUGCACAAAGUUAUAACACGACCCCGACCCCGACCACCGCGACAAGUUCACCGAUUGAUACCGAAUUAUUUAAUUAUCAACGUCAAAGUAAUCCUUUAAUAUCGUCACAACUCAUCAACAGGCAAAAAAACAUCCCCUCAAUAAAUAUAUCGAUACCCCCGUUCACUCCCGUGGAUCAACCAUCCCCUACCACGCGACAAAAUCAGGCGGAUGAAUUCAUUCGACAGGCCAUACAAUAUCAUGAGGCGAAUGAAUUGGAGAAGGCCACUUAUUACUUCAAAUUGGCCGCCGACAAGGAUAGUCCCCUCGGUCUAUUCCUUUAUGGUAUUGCUUUAAGGCAUGGCUGGGGUUGUAAGCCAAAUCCUAAAUUGGCCGUACGUUUCCUGCAAAAAGCUGCGGAAUCCGCCGUUCAUGACUUGCAUACCACUAUGGCCGCAAACCCUUCUAUCGCUCGUCACGAGUUAGUUUUGGCUAUUUAUGAAUUAGGCGUUUGUUUUCGACAUGGCUGGGGUGUACCAAAGAAUAAGCAAACCGCUGCCUAUUAUUUCGAAAUUGCUGCCAGUUUUGGUGAUCCGGAUGCUCAAAAUGACAUCGGUUUCUGUUAUGCAAAUGGUGAAGGUGUUAAGAAAGAUAUGAAAAAAGCCGCAAAGUUUUACCGGUCGGCUGCCGCUCAAGGUGCUAGCAUAUUAGGGAAUUCAUGGAUCUAUAAAAAGAAAUAUGAUGAUUAA